AUGGAAAACCAAUCUACAGUGAAUGAGUUCAUUCUCUUGAGAUUUUUUGAUACCAGAGAGCUACAGAUUUUACAUUUUGGGGUGUUUUUGACCAUUUAUUUGGUGGCUUUGAUGGGAAAUAUAUUCAUUAUCCUAACUAUAACUUAUGAUCAUCACCUGCACAACCCCAUGUAUUUCUUUCUGGUUAAUUUAUCUUUGGUAGAUCUUUGCUUGAUCUCUGUAACUGUUCCUAAAUCCAUGGCUAUCUCAUUGACCAAUGACAGAAGAAUUACCUUCUCUGGAUGUGCUUUCCAAGUGUUCCUAGUAACCACAUCUGUAGGGGCUGAGCUUUCAUUUCUUACUGUCAUGGCAUAUGACCGCUAUGUGGCUAUCUGCCUCCCUUUACAAUAUAUGAGAAUUAUGAAUUUGAAUUUCUGUCUCCAAAUAACUGCUGCCUCUUGGGUCAUUGUUAUAGUGCAUGCACUAGUGCAGACUAUAAGCACAUUCAGGUUACACUUUUGUACUUCAAAUGUUAAACAAUUUUUCUGUGAUAUGUCCCAAUUAUGGAGGAUUUCAUGCACAGAUACAACACUGAAUAAGUGGCUUACUUUUGCUAUUGCAGUAACAGUGGACUCGUUUUGUUUUUUCCUUAUAAUGAUAUCUUAUGGGUUUAUCUUCUCAACAGUAUUCAAGAUUCAAUCAUCCCAGGGCAGGCGUAAAGUUUUCUAUACCUGUACUCCACACUUGACUGUCUUCUCUUUAUUUCUUUCAACUGCUAUAUUUUCAUACUUUAGACAACAGGACUUGUCCUCAACUCCUGUAGAUUUGUUGGCUGCUUUCUUAUAUGCUGUUUUGCCACCAGUCAUGAAUCCCAUCAUUUAUAGUCUAAGAAACAAAGAUAUCCAUCAAGCUGCAUGGAAGAUGUUCAGUUUCACAGAAUAG